AUGACUGAAUCUUCAUCUACUAACACUAAUUCCAAUGGUCAAAUGUCUGUUCGAAUGUAUUGUGAACAAAGUUAUCAUGGUAUUUCUAUUCGUGUAUUGAAAAGUGCUAUACAAAAAUACGCUCGACGUGCCAUGUACGAAAAAGGGAUAUGGUGUUUAAUUGAAUUAGAUUUGUUUUCAUUAUUUGAAACAUCAGAACAAGCUUGUCUAGAUCAAAAAACUAAUAUUGAUACAAGUUUAACCGUGGUACAGAUUCUUCAGAAUUGUGUUAAAAUACGAUCUAAUGUGAUCAAUCGUCUUGUCGCAAUGAUGAGUGAAGAUGUGGGACCAGUGGAUUUUUAUUUGCCCAUAAAAAUGAGAGAAUGCUAUGAACAAUGGAUAAAAAAUCGAAAAAAUAAGCAAGGAAGAUUGUAUCUAUUGAGAAUGUAUAAAUAUUUAGCUAAUGCAAAAACAAAACGGAUACGAUUGUUAAGUGAUUUGAGAACGGUUUAUAAUCUACCCGAUUAUUUGUUGAAAGAUAAAAAAGAAUUGAAGAAAUUACAUCUACAAUUACUAGAAAAAUAUGAAAUGAAUGAUCUGAUUAAACUAAAAGAGACAGCUGAUAUCAUGUCCAUCGAUGCCGUGUAUACAAAAAUUUUGGAACAACUUUCAAUAAAAAACGAACUUGUUUAUGGAAUCAUUCGCAAAUGA